AUGGGUGAUCAUUUGGUAGUGCACGUGGACCAGCUAGGGAAGCCGGAGGAGGCUGCAAUAAGGCCUGGCCAGUCGGUUCACGAGGCCGCUGGACGUGGGCCCUUAGGAAAGCAGCCUGAAAUGGUGGGGUCCUCGUCUUCAAUUGUCGUGGAGGAGGAGAAUGAGGAGGCUCCGCUGAUAGGGUUGGCAGAGUGCCGCAUUUGCCAGGAAGAUGAUUACUUGAACAAUUUGGAGAGCCCUUGUGCCUGCUGUGGGAGUCUUAAGUAUGCACACAGAAAAUGUGUUCAACGCUGGUGCAAUGAGAAGGGGGACAUUACUUGUGAGAUCUGCCAUCAGCCUUAUCAACCUGGCUAUACUGCUCCUUCACGGCCUCAUCCUGAUGAGUCUGCCAUAGAUAUCAGGGGAGUAUGGCAAAUAUCUGGGACACCACUGGAUGUGCACGAUCCUCGUCUUCUGGAAAUUGCUGAGGCGGAAUGUCAGUUCUUUCAAGCUGAAUAUGAUGACUAUAAUAGCACAAGCAAUGGUGGUGCUGCAUUCUGUCGUUCAGUUGCUCUAAUUUUAAUGGCUCUUCUGCUAUUGCGGCAAGCAUUGUCUUUAACUGAUGGAGAAGGAGAGGGAGAUGGAGAUGGUGAUGAAGAUGCAUCGACUUUCUUCUCCCUUUUCUUGCUUCGAGUUGCCGGUUUCCUUUUACCUUGCUAUAUCAUGAUCUGGUCCAUUAGUAUCUUGCAACAGCGAAGGCAGAGACAGGAAGCCGCAGCACUGGCGGCAACACAGUUUGCAAUUGUGGUACAAUCCGCUCAAAGCAGCAGAGAUCUUCUGGUCGCACCCGCUGCGCCUGCAGUAGCUUCUCUUGCCACUCCGCAUCGGGAACAGGUUUAA